AUGGAGUGCAUGGCGGCAGCUGGGGCCCUACUGGUGCCACUGGGAGCCCCCCUGGCUGGGGGGCUGUUUCAGGAGAUGGUUAUGUCCGAGUGGCACUUCAUUAAUGGCGCCAACCGCGUGAGGUUGGUGGAGAGGAACAUCUCUUACCGGGAGCAGUUUCUGCACUUUGGUAGCGAUGUGGGGCUGUACGUGGGGACACCUCUGGGGAAGGUUGCCAGGUACUGGAACAGUGACCCGGAAUGGAUGGAGUACAGACGGGCUGCAGUGGACAGGCACUGCUGGCACAACCACGAGCCUGUUCCUCGUGGAGCGCAGACUGAGGGCCAGCAGGAGCUCUUAGGGUAUGUGGUGGCCACCGACCUUGUGCCUAAUGGGGGCUGGACCCAGCAGCUCUUGGUGCUGCUGGAAACCCUCUGCAAUGAGGGGUCAUCUCCACCUACCACAUCAGCCUGGAGCACCCCCUGA